AUGGACACCUGGAACACCAGAGGCGUUACAAGUGCGUUACCGGCCUUAGGACAUUAAGAGUUUAAGGAUCGUUGGGGAUUCAGGGUUUGGGGAGAUUGGGGAAGGGGAGGGUAAUUGGGCCUCCAGUAACCUCAUUCACACGACGAAAUAAAGCGCAAGCUUUUCACGUCGAUUUCCUGUGAGGCCGUGGUAUCACUCCGGUUGAGCCGGCCCAUUCGUGCCGAAUGAGGCCGUGGUAUCACUCCGGUUGAGCCGACCCAUUCGUGCCGAAGCAUGGCUCUCCCAUACUU